AAAAAAAGUACUUGACUGCAAUUAGGGCACGCGGUGUCAACUGAGGUCCACACUCGCCCGACCGUGGUACUUCUGUGGUAUUUUAGGGCCUCUGUAGGAGUGCUGCUGUUUGGGGAGACAGGAGGUCAAAAAUGCAGUGUACCCCUGAGUCCAAUGUCCACCAUGUCAACUGCAAAGGCAAAGAAUGUUAUGAGUGUUUUGACAGCGGCUACUCAGGUUCAUUCCACAGUCCACAGAGCAUUAGUGGAUUUGACUCCUGCAGAUCUUUGGCUUCAGUGGACCUCAGUGACACGCCCAAAGAGAAUGUCAGACUUGCUGUCACCCCUCAGGAAAGCAGCAGGAUCAGAUCUUUGCACAAAGACACCCGGGGGCUUCAGCGCUCCUCCACUCUGAACUGGUGUGAAACUCCCAGAGCAUCCAAGAGCUAUGGCUUUCUGCGACAUAGACUUGCAAUGUGCAAUGCCACGAAAGCUGUCAAAAGGGACAACACAAAGUCUCCAUGUACCGCACCGAUAGAAUCGUCAAUUGGGUCCGACCAUGAUCUUAGUGUGUCUUUUGACUCUCUGGACCCAGCGCCACAGGCUUUGACCUUAGGCGCUUUAAAAUUGGAGCAGGAUUUCCCGUUAUGUAGUAGGAAACGCCGUCUGCUCUUCUCUCAGGUAAGGACUUCCACUCUUGAGGAUGGUACCCUCAACCUAGGUGACAGCAACAGAUUGGAGGGACGACUUUCGCUCUCGGACGAUUUCAGUCAGCACUUUCAUGCUGCUGAUCAACUUAAUGUAGAAGCACCGUGCUUAAGCAAAUUGCUGCUAGGCUCAUCCAAGGACAACUCUCCAUCUCCAGUCAACAACCUGACGAGUGCCCUGCAUGAAUCAUCCAAUGUCUUGUGCACACUGUCUUCCACAGAUACACCUAAAUGUAUCAGGUCUCCAUCCGAGGACAGCGGCUUCAGCUCCCUCGAUAAAUCCCAAGACUCUUCUGUCGACCACGAUGGCUCUUUCCAAGAAUUGCUGCUUUCUGCCUCAAAAGGAAACGCAGAAACCCCCAACCUGACGGAUGGGAAACGGCGUUCCCGUUUGCAACGGCAGCGCAGACUUUCCACUCUAAAGGAAGGAGGCUCGUUGUCUGAGGAAGACCCGACGGACAGAAAACAUCAACGUAUUCAGUGUCGCCGCGGAACGUGUAAAGAAGAUGAGGUUUUUGUCAGGGAGACCCCUAGCAGGGUUCUCUCUGUGAAAUGUAUCAAUACAACCUCUGAUGGACUGACGUCAACCCAACAAGGCUAUACAACGCCUCAAAGUGAAAGCACAGCCAAGCUUGACAGCAUCACACCUUCUAGCGCCACAUCUGUGAAUUCCAAUGUGACCCCCUUGGAGACAUCCAAGCUCUCACUGACGCCCGCUUUACAGCUGAUACACACUUUGUGUGAGCAGAGGGCCAAGAUGUUUGCUGGCCAAAGUCCAAGUUUAAAAGAGGAGCUGAGGACCAUCGCAGCUCUUGGUGAGGCGCCCGAGUUGUUCGGGAUAACUAUGCCGCUGGCAGGGCUGAUUGGCCGCAAGAUGGGCCUAGGGAAGGUGGACAUAUUGACGGAGCUGAGGAAGAGGAACCUCAGGCACAUCUUGGCUGUCAUAUUGAGUCUUCUGUCUGCCGACUGUGUCUGCAGGUGUGGUCAGGUGUGUAAGGACUGGGAUGAAAUAAUCCAGCAGGACAAGCAAGCUCAUUCCAGGAGAACAAUUUACCAGAGUGAAGUGGAAGCUGCUCAAGAGAAUGGCGCCACUGCGCAUGUUGCUGAUGCUGAGACGAGAUUGACUCUUCUUAAAAGGUCAACCCUCAAAACUGUCCAGGCCCAGUCUAGAACCUCCAAUUAUUGCACCCCACAGUCUGGAACCCGCACAUUAACCCCUUUACAUUACAGCACUUUAUCUUUGGGCAGCAGCAGCAAACGAGACAAGUUCAUCGAGGUUGCUAAAACCCUCUUCAACGACGAAUGCCUCAGACAUUGUCCUCGAUGUCAGCAUCCUGCAAAGUGUCAAACUGUGAAAGGCGAGGGUAUUUGCACCAGAGCUGACUGUGCGUUUGAGUUUUGCACAAAGUGCUUGUGUGCUUUCCAUGGCUCCAAAGAAUGUGCCAGCAAGUCUGCAGGCCGUCGCAAGAAAGACGGAUUACUUCCGGGCAGUGCAGAGAGCAAGCGAAACAUUAGGAGACUAUGAUCAAGUCGAUGCAAAGGAUUCCAUUCACUGAUUGUUUUAUAAAUGUAUUUAUGACACUGAGGAGACUAAGUUAAACGAAGUCCUAUGUUGCUAGGAGUCUAUGGGCAACUUCUGUACUAUUUUUUUUCCCUAGCAAAGUUUGCAUUUUUAAUCAAAUUUUGUAAAAUCUUAAAUCACAUGGCAUCUGUGGUUGAUGUACUUUUAUACAUAUAUUGAAGUAUGCUUUGAGGCUUCGUUGUGAUUUCAGAUCAUUUUUAAUCAAUCGCAUUUCUUAAAUA